CGUAUUAAAAUAAAAAACCAGUUACAUGUGCUGUUUUUAUUCAGCGGCACCGGCGCUGGAACGCUCCAUGCGAUACUUGGAAACGUCUGCCAGUCCUUAAACUGAGGAAGACGGAUACAAGCGACCCAGACUCGUUUUCCAGCCUCAGUGGAUUUUUGAUUUAAAUCCAGUCCACACCCUUAAAAAUCUGCCACUUUUCACAUUUCCUGCUCUAAUUUUUAUAUUUUUUCUGUUGCAUUUUCUCGGGCGCUCUCCACCCUGUUGAUGAACCAGUCAUAGCAGUGACAUGAGGAAUUUACCUCACCCUCGGGGCACCAUGGUGCCUGUGCGUCGUUCUGCUUUUUUCCCCUCUCUCUCUCUCUCUUCCUCUCUGUCUCUCCUUUUUUCUCUGUGUGUGUCUCUCAAACAAACACACACUCACUCUUUCUCUGAAACAAACCAGUGUAGCUCAGUGGAUUGUUGUCGGAAGUUGAGGCAGCUGUAUGGGGUAGCCCUCAGUUCGUGACCUCCUCUCCAUGGCCAGCCGUCUCUCCACCUCUGGCUCCUACUCCGUAGUCAUCAUCCCACUGAGGACCAGCCUUCACAGCCAGGAGGCCCUUCGCUUCUACCUAUGGAUUAAGCGGAUGAAGGACCUGGAAAAGGAAAAAGAUGCUCUGUGGUCGGGUCUGGAGGUUCUGGAGAAAGGUCGGCUGUGGUACUUCCAGCGGCUCGAGGAGAACAGGGCUCUGCGGAGAGUCGAGACCAGAUACAGCACCAGCGCUUACCACAAACGUGCAGCAGAGGCUCGGUCCUGCCUCCCCACACACAUCCAGCGGGUUAACGGCUCCCUCGGCUCUAUAAUGAGUGAACCCAACGUCAGCAGCAAUCCCUGUCUCUGUGACCCACUGGCGGACAGUGACCUCCGCUGGCGAAACACGGUAUUGACUCAGAAAGCGAGUGAGAAGAACCGUCGGAUCUCCAGGUUGGAGCUGGAAAAGGAGGCUCUCCUUGAUGAGCUGGAGGAUCUGCAAUUCUGCUGAGUGCCUGAAUUCAAAUGAAAUGAGCCGCACACCAUCGCCUCCCAGACCGACUCAGUCUGAGACAUUUAUAAAUAUACAUUUGUAAAUAUAUAAUUCUAUAUUUAAAUGAAUAAAUUGCUAUAAAUUCUAACUACUCUUUUUUUUUUCUGGUAUUCUUUUCAACAUCAUAAUCUUGGCCAAUGGGUUUUCUCGCCUGACAUGUUGUUGGCAAAAUUCACCGGUGAGUCACUCAAAAUUUAUAAAAGCCAAACCCUACAGUAUGAAAUCUGCUUUUACAGCCGUUUCUCAUGAUCCUGCUGACUUUGUGAUUUACAUUUUCCUGACAUCUGUAUUUUGGGUCUUGUGUUUUGAGUUAUUUGUGUAUUUUCUCCACUUAGCUCUGUUAUUUAGGGUUCAUUGAUCUCAUCAUAGCCAUCCCGUGUUCCUGUCAUGUCUUCAGUGUAAUCUCAAUUCUUUUCAACCUUGCUCCCCACUCAUGUAGUUUUGGGGGGGGAGGGGUAAUAAAAUUAUCUUCUUUGCAGCUGACACUGUCAUUUUCAGUACACGGUAUCACCAAUCUAGUGUACUGUUUUUUCUUUUGUUUACCUAAGGUGUAGAGAGUACCCUGCAUCAUUUUGGGUCCCAGUUCUUCCAUUUCCGUCCCCACAUGAGGGUUCCCUGUUCAGACACGUCGCAGGAACCUCCUCUGGUGGUCCCACACUGAUCUUACUGCAACCGAUAAAACCUUAUCGCACGCAGUCAUCUUUAACGUUUGCAGGAAUUUUCUCUCGUGCAUAGCACAACUGUAGCUUGGUGCACACAGGAAAAGAAGGUUGGAUUGUUUACUGCCUUUAGACGGAUGGUGAUGUCUAAUCAGUCAGCAUCUGUUAGCCCAUUUCGACAUUAGCUCCAUGCACAGGCCUGACUGUUUUAUUUUUAGCUUUUCAUAUUGAAAUUUUUCCAUCAACUUCUCAUCUUCCCUGAGUGUUUGUUGACAUCAAGGCUUAUGGUGGUCCUCUGUUGCUGCCUCUGUUUGGAUAGGUCGAUCAGAUCGCCGCUGCUGUACUCUGAUUGUACAAGCAAGGGAAGAGCACUCUGAUUAAUCUUUUUUGUACAGUCUGACAUAACUUGAUGCAGACAAAAAAAACAGUGGAACUAAACCAAAUACUCCUGCUCAAACUAUGCAAUAUAAAAGAAUCGCCUCCUGAAAGAAAUCAGGGCAGGAACCAGAUUACAAUCAACUUAUUGCACAUCCGGAAAGAAAAACAUCCAUUAUGACGGAGGCUUGCCUUUAAGUAGCUUCAUGCUUUCAGUCUUCAGAGUACCGUUGAACCAUCAAGCCUGGGGCUACCAGCACUCCGCUAAUUAUUGGGUCUAAUUCGUACACGGCGCUGCCAAACACCUUUGUUGAGGGAUUGUCACGCUUCGAGGCUGUCAAUGCCGCUGUUCCAUAACACCACGGUUCACCUGAGCAGCACUCUGCUGGUCUUUCCUAAUCCUUUUUACUUGCAUUAACGGUUUUGUUGACUCUUUCAAAAAACAUGGUGGGUUUGGCACUAGUAAGAAUCGCAAAGGACAAUAUGGAGCUAAACACAGGUCACCUUUCAAGACCACACCAACCUGAAAGAAAGAAUCAGAGAUAGAGAUGGUCUAUCACAAAAUUAAUUCACAAAAUGUGAAGAAAUUGAACAGUUAUAGUUAUUUUUGCCAGGGUUGCAUUAGGAUUUCACCCCAAAGAUUUAUGUGCAGUUCCACCAUUUCAAACGAUGUCAGCUUCCUCUGAGGCACAAAAAAAAAGUAGUUCAAACAAGAAUCAUAAAAGUCGCGUCUAUUUGGUCCGUUUAAGUUUUCUGAACCACAUUUGAAAAUAAAUACAGUGUUAAAAAAAAUGGCAAAAACAAGAAAAUAAUAGUUUUUAUGAAAUUUAUUUUAGCAGAUAUUGAUCAGUAUUUCUGACUAGAAGUAAUUUAUUGCCAGAUGAAAAGCACACGUAAGUUCCACCCAAUUUUAAAUAAUGUACUAGAUCAGUUCACAUUUCUUGCUGAUUUUCAUGAUCAUUUCACUUUCACAUUUGCAUCUUUUGGUUUAUGACUAAAGCAUAAAACAUUAGCAAAUAUGUUCUACCUAAGUGGCACGGGAACGUUUUCCUGGCCAAUGGAAAACGUUCCAUUGGCCGGGAAAGUUGAGCUAAGAAGCUCGACUUGUUUAUAUAUUUGUUUAUGUUUAUAGUUCUCACUAUUAGGGGGUUAAAAAUAAUUUUCAACAUGUCAUGUUUUAAACUGUAAUAAAAUAAUUACCUCAUUAUAUUGUCUCAAUCCUAUCAAAAAUAAACUUUUUUUAAUGAGAUAUACAUU